AUGGCCGUGGUGAUCCAUCAGCCGGCUCGCGACGCCUAUCGCCUGUUCGAUGACUUGAUUCUCCUGAAUCGUGGUAAGCUGAUCUACAGUGGCCCGCGCGAGGGCUGUGGCCAGACGCUGCGCGAAAUGCGGCAAUCGAUCAAACAACGCAGCAAGAGAAAGCAAAGCGAGGCUAGAGAGAAGCAGAAACAAACAGCGGAAGAGAUCCGACGCAAAAUGAUGUUGCGACGACGGCGAAGCACGAAAAACUUAGGUUCGGCGGCAGACAUCCUAGAAUUCGAAGCAGAAGAGGUUGCUGCCAGACAGCGGGAACGCGCUGCGCGCAGAUCAUCCCUCACUCUCGCUGGUACAACUAAAGUAAAUAGCAGCUCUGGGGUAGGUGGCGC